AUGUUUCCUAGCUCUAUACAGCCUUUUAUUCCCAAAGUUGCAGUGACAAAGGGGCCAUCUAAAGCUAUCUAUGAACAAUCUUGUGAGGCUUAUCGACACCAAGGGAGGACAUCAGGUUUCUUCUACAUCGAUUCUGAUGGAAGUGGACCACUUGGACCACUCCGUGUUUUUUGCAAUAUAACAGAAGAUAAGAUCUGGACUGCAGUGCAGCACAACAACACAGGGCUAACCAGAGUCCAAGGAGCUGAUCCAGAGAAGCCGUACACCAUGACCUUUAACUACAACAGCAGUGCAGAGCAGCUUGAAGCCAUGAUAAACAGUGCAGAGUACUGCGAACAGGAAGCAGCCUACCACUGCAAAAAGUCACGUCUCCUGAAUACCCCAAAUGGAAUGCCAUUUGCUUGGUGGGUUGGCCGUGCCAAUGAAAAGCAUCUUUACUGGGGAGGAUCAAUUCCAGGCAUUCAACAGUGUGCAUGUGGACUGGAAGAAAGUUGCUUGGAUAUGAGAUAUUUUUGCAACUGUGACGCAGAUAGAGAAGAAUGGACAAAUGAUACUGGCCUCCUUGCUUUCAAAGGCCAUUUGCCUGUAACUCAGAUAGUGAUCACUGACACAAACAGAUCAAAUUCUGAGGCUGCUUGGAAAAUCGGCCCUUUGCGUUGCUAUGGAGACAGGCAGUUCUGGAAUGCUGCUUCCUUCAACACAGAGGCUUCCUAUCUGCAUUUCCCCACCUUCCAUGCCGAGGUCAGCGCGGAUAUCUCCUUCUUCUUCAAAACUACUGCCAUCUCUGGGGUGUUCUUGGAAAACCUUGGAAUUAAAGACUUCAUACGAGUUGAAAUAAGCUCCCCCAAAGAGAUCACCUUCUCUAUAGAUGUCGGGAAUGGCCCCACAGAAGCCACUGUGCAGUCUCCCACACCCCUGAAUGACAACCAGUGGCACUACAUCCGAGCAGAGAGAAACCUCAAGCAAACAUCUCUGCAGGUGGACAGCCUCCCUAAGAAGGUCUUGGAGGCACCUACUGAGGGGCACUUCCGCUUGCAGCUCAACAGCCAAUUAUUUGUAGGGGGAACAGCUUCCAGACAAAAGGGCUUUUUGGGCUGCAUUCGAUCUCUGAAUUUAAAUGGACAGAAACUUGACCUUGAAGAGAGAGCUAAAAUGACAGCUGGUGUUAAACCUGGAUGUCCAGGACAUUGCAGCAGCUAUGGUAACCUGUGUCAUAAUGGAGGAAAAUGUGUGGAGAAGUAUAAUGGUUACUCCUGUGAUUGUACCAACUCAGCCUAUGAAGGACCUUUCUGCAAGGAAGAGGUUUCUGCAUUAUUUGAAGCUGGCACUUCCAUUACCUAUAUUUUCCAAGAACCUUAUCCUGUCACAAAAAAUGCAAGCACAUCAAGCUCUGCCAUUUAUGCGGAUGCUGUCAUGUCCAAGGAAAAUAUUGCAUUUAGCUUUCUCACGGCACAUACUCCAAGCCUUCUGCUGUACCUCAACACCUACUUUCAUGAAUAUUUGGCUGUGAUUCUCUCCAAGAAUGGAAGUUUACAGGUCCGAUACAAGCUGAGUAAGGACGGACUCCUCAUUUUCACCAUUGACUCUGGAAAUUUUGCCAACCGAGAGCUUCACCAUGUGAAGAUUAACAGAGAAGGCAAAGAGCUUGUCAUUCAGGUUGAUCAAGUUCUCAAACUCAAACACAACUUUUCUGAGAUUGAUUUUAAAGCCAUCAAAUCACUCACCUUGGGCAAGGUCACAGAUAGUUUUUCACUGGACCCCGAAGUCUCAAAGGCAAAUGCCUAUGGUUUCACCGGCUGCCUGUCCUCUGUUCAGUACAACCACAUUGCUCCCCUGAAAGCUGCCUUGCGCCAUCCCAGCAUUGCUCCUGUGACUGUCAAGGGCUCCUUGACUGAAUCCAGCUGUGCGUCCAUAAUGGAAGCUGAUGUGAACACAGUAACCACAAUAUAUUCCUCAUCAGAUCCUUUUGGGAAGACAGAUGAAAGGGAGCCUCUCACCAAUGCAGUCAGAAGUGAUUCAGCUGUGAUUGGAGGUGUAAUAGCAGUUGUGAUAUUCAUCAUCUUUUGCAUCAUUGCCAUCAUGAGCAGAUUCCUCUAUCAGCACAAACAAGCACAUCGAAGUAGCCAGACAAAGGAGAAGGAAUAUCCGGAAAACCUUGAGAGCUCCUUUAAAGCUGAUAUUGACUUGCAGAAUACAGUGAGCGAGUGCAAACGGGAAUAUUUCAUCUGAUGGACAAUGCAAUUUCUUCUUACUCUUACUUCCCUAACCUUCCUUCCUAUAUUUCAUUCUUCCUUCCCUUUUUCUUUUUGUAUUUUUUUUUUUAAACAUUCAUUUUUUUGCUAACUUUUUUUUCGUUUGGAAAAGACCGCCCUGCACAGGAAACACUUGACAACAAUCACAGUGCCUCAUUCUCUGCACAAGAACCUGGCAGUCAUAGUUUUCUUCUGCAGCUCAAGAGACCUGUUAUCCCACUCCACACAAAAUAAAAUCCACACACACACCUGGUUUCUGUUGUGGGUUCCCAGAUGUUUCAAAGUCCCUACAUUUAUUUGUGUUUUUCUCUGGAGCCAUUUAAUUCAUAACUUUUACACUAGAGUUGGACUAUGUAAAGUAGAGGUAAAGUAGGUGAAUAUGUAGCUCUACAGAUAUUGGGACAGGAUAGAGGGAAAGAAUGAGACCAAAACACCUGAUUUAUUUUACAGGCUCAUUUACAGCAAUCAUAAAGAAUCAGCCAAAUUCUCAAAUGAUAUGAACUGAUGUGUAUCCAUUGAUUUUAAUGCUGUUACAUUAAUUUAUACCAAUUGAGAAGCUGGUAUGAGGUAAGGAAAAAUAAAACUGUCCUCAUUAAGCUCCUUCCCCCAGCCUCCUGUCCUUUUACUGUAACUUUUAGGCUUACCAGUACUUUUCCAACAAUAUAUGUAUCAACAGUAAACAUCAUUCCUUUCCACCUUUUUCAGCUCCAUCUCAUAAGGCUGGCUAUAUAGACCAAACAUACUCUAGCAUAACUCUAGCUGCAGCAUGGAAAAUACUAGCUUGAAUCUCCAAGGGUUUUAAUAAGCUGCUAGGACUUAGGUGCUCUAUAUUUGUCUGAAAUGUUAGAAAUGCAGCAUAUACCUCUUCAUGCCAUAUGGAGGAUUAUCACGUGCUGAGGUUAAACACUGUUGCCACUGUGGUAAAGAAAAAGUACAUAGACAAGAAAAAAACAAAUAGUUUAAUCUUAAACAUGAGUCACA